AUGGCACCGCACAUACCAGUGGCGCACAUGAGAAUGGCUCCUCCUUCAGUGUCGCUGUCGUCGUCAGUCGCUCCCAUCAGGUGCUACGACGAUUUCACAAGGCACUUAGGGCCUUCAUCGAACCCCAUGUACAGGGACAUAACCAAGCCGCCGGCAUCGUUGUUGAGCCCUUCAUUGCCACCCAUCGCACCUCCGGUCAUGGUUCCAUCAACCAUGGCUCCAGUCGCCCCCCAGCUAUUAGCUCCCACUGUCAUGCCCCAUCAUACUAUCGUGGGACCCUUCGGAGAAGUCCCUGCCGCCUACCUGCCGUCCAUGGCCCAUCCGCCACCACGCUAUGACGCAGCCCCGAUGAAUUACCUGCCAAUGCCCAGCGGUGCCCCCGUUCCAUAUUCUGUGGCACUUACCUUCCCAGUUCCGCCACAGAUGGGCAUGCCAACAUACUGCCAGCAGAUUGCACAUCCGCCUCCGGUCCCUGCAGCGGCACCCGAGCCGGAACAAGCGACAUUCGACGAAUACGACGACCCGGGUACCCCGCUCAUGGACGAAGAGCCCCUGCAUGAUUCACCGACGCCUCCUCCAUACGACUGCCACCAAUCUUUGAGGGCCGAAGACUGUUCCAAGGUUGUCAGGACAUUGGACCUUCGAUGA